AUGAAAGCGACUCUUAAAUCAAACUUGAGGUCUUUGUAUACAAGUCUUUGGUGUAGCAAAGGAUCACUGCUACACAGCCCUCUCGCCCAACGCUGUACACAGCAACGUCCCCAGCCGAAGUUCUCAUCCACGACCAUGCCGAGACGUACCAGAGCAAGUCUACAAGCUGAGAUCAAGGACGAAGCAGGAUCUUUACCUAUGCUAGCUAGCAAUGGAAUUAUUCCACCAAACUCCUCGGAGUCAAUCCCAACGCUGCUCUUCGAGGAUCACUCCAAGUGGGAGAGCUACUUGGAGAACUCGUACCAAAAUGCACUGGGCGUUUGGCUCAAAAUUUCCAAAAAGAACGCCGAAAAGCCAACAGUCACGUAUGAUCAAGCGCUCGAUGUGGCGCUAUGCUUCGGCUGGAUCGACGGGCAACGCAAAGCCUUCGACGAGCAGCACUUUAUCCAGAGGUUCACACCACGACGGAAGAACAGUCUCUGGUCAAAGAGGAAUGUUGACAAAGUUGCGGCUCUGACACAAGCAGAACGCAUGAGACCAGCUGGACAGGCUGAGGUUAACGCCGCCAAGGCCGAUGGGCGAUGGGAUCGAGCCUACUCUUCUGCAAGCACGAUGGAAGUGCCUUUAGACUUUGCGGAGGCGUUGCGCCGCAACAAUGAGGCAAACAAGUUCUUUGAUGCUUUGAAUAAGACACAGCGGUAUGCCUUCCUGUGGCGGAUCGAGACGACGAGACGUCCAGAAACGAGGAAACGAAAGAUAGACCAGUUUGUCAAUCUUUUAGCUGAGCACAAGACAGUAUGA